CGCCCCUUCUCUCCCUGCUGUAUCGAUGAAGUUGGUUCAAAGAUGGCGGAUUUCCUGCCGUCCCGGUCCGUCUUAUCGGUUUGUUUCCCGAACUGCUUGCUCAACAGCGUCGAGGCAGAACAGAUCAGAAUAUCUAAGGAGAUCGACAAGUGCAUUUCCCGGGAUAAAACCUACGUGAAGCGACUGGUAAAGAUAUUACUGCUCGGAGCCGGCGAGAGCGGCAAGUCGACUUUCCUCAAGCAGAUGCGCAUCAUCCACGGCCAGGACUUCGAUCAGCAGGCCAAGGAAGAUUUCCGGGCUACCAUUUACAGCAAUAUUAUUAAAGGGAUUAGAGUACUGGUGGAUGCCAGAGAAAAGCUGCAUAUCCCCUGGGGUGACCCAUCUAAUCAAACACAUGGAGAGAAGAUGAUGGCAUUCGACACCAGGUCGCCGAUGGUGGCCCAGGGACUGGUGGAAACCGAGAUCUUCAUGAACUAUCUGCCGUCCAUCCGAGCCCUGUGGGGGGACACUGGGAUACAGAAUGCCUACGACAGGAGACGAGAGUUCCAGUUGGGUGAAUCCGUAAAAUAUUUCUUGGACAAUCUGGAUACGCUUGCAAAGCCGGGCUAUCUCCCAAGUCAGCAAGAUAUCCUGCUGGCGCGAAAACCCACCAAGGGAAUCCACGAGUAUGACUUUGAGAUCAAGAACGUUCCCUUCAUAAUGGUGGACGUGGGCGGGCAGCGGUCGGAGAGGAAGCGGUGGUUCGAGUGCUUCGACAGCGUCACGUCCAUCCUGUUCCUCGUGUCGUCCAGCGAGUUCGACCAGGUGCUGAUGGAGGAUCGGCAGACCAACCGCCUCACCGAGUCCCUAAACAUUUUCGAGACAAUAGUCAACAACCGCGUCUUCAGCAACGUCUCCAUCAUUCUCUUCCUAAACAAGACGGACUUGCUUGAGCAGAAAGUUCAAGUCGUCGCCAUCAAGGACUACUUCCCUGAGUAUGAGGGGGAGCCCCACAAUCUGGCUGACAUCCAGAAAUUCUUGGUGGAGUGUUUCCGCAACAAGCGCCGAGAUCAGCAGCAGAAGCCGCUGUACCACCACUUCACCACCGCCAUUAACACAGAGAACAUUCGCCUGGUAUUCCGCGACGUCAAGGACACCAUCCUGCACGACAACCUCAAGCAGCUUAUGCUACAGUGAUGCUCACUGGGACUCCUUGUUUUUAUUCCUUUUUAAUUAACAACCUUUUAAACAAUUGUUUGUGGGGGUAGAAGGAGAGGGGGGGUUGCAAGUCUACAGCACAUAAUGGGAAUAAACAGGUUGCUGUCAGACUCAAUGCUGCAACAAGACCACUUUUUUUCAUAGCAAAAACCACCCCCGUCUCUCGCUCUCUUUCUCUGUCUCUCACUCUUUCUCAUUUUAUUUUCCUUUUGCGGUUACAUUGUUAACACCAAGAUUGAGUAAUUUGUUUUAAUGACUAACCAAUGUUAAUUGAGGAUUUUAGGAGAACGGUUAAGUAUGUAGGGGUGGGGUUGGUGGAUAGGAAAUUGUUCCCAAAAAAAGAGCGAGCAGGGCAGUGGCAGAGCACAGAUCUAUUUGUAUGGGUUACUGAGCCGGUGACUGCUGAAUCCUCAAAUGAAAUUGAAGUGGCUGGAACGUUCAAACCUUAAUUGUUAUUUCACCGUGUUCUGAGCCAAACUGUUUGCCUUCCACAAGCCUGGCCUUCAUUUUUUAUUUUUUGUUUUGUUUUAUAACAGGAUAUUUCCAGAAAAUAACAUGUUUUGCUUAGAUUUAUUUGUGUUGUGCAGUCUUCUGUGGAAGGUUCUUGUAAGUGUUACAGGUUUACAGUGCUUGCCUUUUUGUUUAUUACUACUGCAGGAUGUUUAAAAAGGUAACGAACUAGGAGAGCACGCUGGCCAACACUCACUUACACAACUUGAUACAUUUGAAUUAGUGCAGUAGCCUGAUGUGCAAAGCCAGAUAGUUGCUAUAGUAUGUGGCAUUAUCUCAGGGGCUGACUUUAGACCACUUUAAUUGCUUGCCUAUAAAGUUAUUGUCGAUAGUACCUUUAAUGAACAUCUACAAUCUGUGUCAGAGUCCAACAGUGGUAUUAAACCCAAAAGGCAGACUGUCUGAAUGUUUAGUGCAGUGAAAUUUAUAUUUUGGAAAGGGGGACAAAAAAAAAAAAACCUAAUUGAUGUACAAUUUCUUACUGGAGUAGUUUUUUGUAACUGAAUACCAAACUGAACACCCAUUCCUUUUUAUUUUCAAUUGUCUGUAGUUAAAGCAGCCUUAUCCAAAGUGCCAGUUUGUGUUUUUUAUAAUGUCUGUCAGGUUUUGUUUUUGCUCCCAAAUUGAUUGCAUACAGGGGGGGGGUCAUUGUGUAAAGAGAUUUUUAAAAAUGUUCAAACGUACCACUUUUUUUAAUGGUUUAUAAAUGUUGUGUAACCCUUGUACAGAAACAAUUCCUAAUUUUCAAAAUAGGUUUGAUAAAGGCGUAUAAAUCA